CGGCCAUCUUGGAUCAUCCGGGAGCAGCGGAGCUGCUGCUGCUGCUGCUGCUGCUGCUAGUUGAGGGAGCAAAGGGAACACGUUUGGGUCGGAGUGCGGGCAGAGGGUUCUCUUCUGUUCCACUCAGCGAGCUUCCAGGCUGUGGCGGAAGAGUCUUUCUCCUUGGGCCUGAGCCGGCCCCUUUGGGGUAGGGGUAGGCGGCGAAGGAGUUGGGAAUUCUGCUGGAGAAGGAAGAGGAGGGGGUGCAAUUAAACCAUGGGAGCCGAGGCCCGGUGAAGCGAUCCGCGUAGCGAUAGAAACGCUGAGGGUCUCGGCCCGUGGCUCCUUGCUGCUUUCGCAGCCGACAGUGGAUGCGCGGAAAGCUACUGUUGCUUACCCACUUCCUCAGCAGCUUGCUACUUGGGCUGUAUUGCUGCAGCGCCCUGCACUCUCGCCUGCCGCUCCAUCUCUCCCGCUCGCGAGUUUCUAGUCCGUUCCCCGCUUUCUCUUCCUCUUACGGUCCCGGACAAUUUUUGGCCCAUUUUUCUUUCGGUGCUCCAUGAGAAUCUUCUCUAAUCUGACAUCCCCACCUUCUAAGGACCGUAAUCUGUCUAUAGGAUGAUUCCUGAAGAUUCCCAGGGGGAUACGAUGCUCCAUUAUCAGACUGGAAUAUAGAUGAGACUGAGGGGUGGCGGUGGUGGAGGAAAUAACUCAAAUUUCUCUCCCCACACUCCCUUUUUCUUGAUGGUGGCACUUGAUAACCGCUAUCAUGCUGUAAAAUCGCAUUUUUUUGUAAAUAUAUAUAUGUAUUCAGAGGGAGGGAGGUGUUAGGAAUUUUUUUUAUAUAAUACAUAGCUGGAUUUUGCCAUUGGAAACGGUGCUUCAGCUUAAGUGAAUGAAAAUGUCCACUAGAACUCCAUUGCCCACGGUGAAUGAACGGGACACUGAAAAUCAUACCUCUCAUGGUGAAGGACGACAGGAAAUUUCCUCCCGAACUAGUCGGUCUGGGGCCCGCUGUAGGAAUUCUAUAGCUUCCUGUGCAGAUGAGCAGCCUCAUAUUGGGAAUUACAGACUCCUUAAAACAAUUGGAAAGGGAAAUUUUGCAAAAGUGAAACUGGCCAGACACAUCCUUACUGGCAGAGAGGUUGCAAUAAAAAUAAUUGACAAAACUCAAUUGAAUCCAACUAGUCUACAAAAGCUGUUUAGGGAAGUAAGGAUAAUGAAGAUUUUAAAUCAUCCCAAUAUAGUUAAAUUAUUUGAAGUAAUUGAGACUGAAAAAACACUCUACUUAAUCAUGGAAUAUGCAAGUGGAGGGGAGGUAUUUGAUUAUCUAGUUGCACAUGGAAGAAUGAAGGAAAAGGAGGCAAGAGCAAAAUUUAGACAGAUAGUAUCUGCAGUGCAGUAUUGCCACCAAAAGCAUAUUGUUCACAGAGAUCUCAAGGCUGAAAAUCUAUUACUUGAUGCAGACAUGAACAUUAAAAUAGCCGAUUUUGGUUUUAGUAACGAGUUUACAGUUGGAAAUAAACUGGACACAUUUUGUGGCAGCCCUCCCUAUGCUGCUCCAGAGCUCUUCCAGGGCAAGAAAUAUGAUGGGCCUGAAGUCGACGUUUGGAGCUUAGGUGUCAUUCUUUAUACUCUUGUGAGUGGAUCGCUGCCUUUCGAUGGGCAGAAUCUAAAGGAACUGAGGGAGAGAGUGCUAAGAGGAAAAUACAGGAUUCCUUUCUACAUGUCAACAGACUGUGAAAACCUGCUAAAACGUUUCCUGGUGCUAAACCCAACUAAAAGAGGCACUCUUGAGCAAAUAAUGAAGGACAGAUGGAUCAAUGCAGGACAUGAGGAUGAUGAACUUAAACCUUUUGUGGAACCAGAACUAGACAUCUCAGACCAGAAGAGAAUAGAUAUUAUGGUUGGAAUGGGAUAUUCUCAAGAAGAAAUUCAGGAAUCUCUCAGCAAAAUGAAAUACGAUGAAAUCACUGCUACAUACUUACUAUUGGGGAGGAAAUCAUCAGAGCUGGAUGCUAGUGACUCAAGCUCUAGCAGCAACCUUUCUCUUGCUAAAGUCAGGCCAAGUAGUGAUCUCAACAAUAGCACUGGACAGUCUCCUCAUCACAAAGUUCAAAGAAGUAUAUCUUCUAGCCAGAAGCAACGAAGGUACAGCGACCAUGCUGGUCCAUCUAUUCCUCCAGUAGUAGCAUAUCCCAAAAGAAGCCAGACUAGUACUGCCGACAGUGACCUCAAAGAAGAAGGGAUUCCGUCAAGGAAGUCUAGCAGCAGUGCAGCUGGAGGAAAAGGAAUUGCUCCUGCUAGCCCUAUGCUUGGGAAUGCAAGCAAUCCAAAUAAAGCUGAUAUUCCUGAGCGUAAAAGAAGUUCUGCUACACCUAAUAGCAACACUACACCUGGAGCCAUGACACGGCGAAAUACUUACGUUUGUAGUGAACGAACAACUGCAGACAGACACUCGGUAAUUCAAAAUGGCAAGGAAAGCAGCACCAUUCCUGAUCAGAGGACACCAGUUGCUUCAACUCACAGUAUCAGCAGUGCAACAACACCUGAUCGUAUCCGAUUCCCAAGAGGAACCGCCAGUCGUAGUACUUUCCAUGGUCAGCUUAGAGAAAGGCGCACUGCCACCUACAAUGGACCCCCGGCAUCACCUAGUUUAUCUCAUGAGGCAACACCACUCUCACAGACACGAAGCAGGGGCUCCACUAACUUGUUCAGUAAAUUGACUUCAAAGCUGACUAGAAGAAACAUGUCAUUCAGGUUUAUCAAAAGGCUCCCAACUGAAUAUGAGAGGAACGGGAGAUAUGAGGGCUCAAGUCGUAACGUGGCUGUUGAUCAGAAGGAUGACAACAAAGAAGCCAAACCCCGUUCACUACGAUUUACUUGGAGCAUGAAAACUACCAGUUCAAUGGAUCCUAAUGAUAUGAUGAGGGAAAUUCGCAAGGUCCUGGAUGCCAAUAAUUGUGACUAUGAACAGAGGGAACGUUUCUUGCUUUUCUGUGUCCAUGGGGAUGGCCAUGCAGAAAACCUCGUGCAAUGGGAGAUGGAGGUGUGUAAGCUACCCAGACUGUCCCUGAAUGGAGUUCGCUUUAAACGGAUAUCGGGAACAUCCAUAGCUUUUAAAAACAUUGCUUCCAAAAUUGCCAAUGAAUUAAAGCUGUAAUGAGAAGAGCGAUCGAGUUUGUAAAUUAAGUAGCAAUUUCAAGUGGUUUUGUUUUGUUUUGUUCUGAGAACACCAAUGGUAAUGUAUAGAAUACUUAGGGCAAUAACUUCUGCAUCUUCUGGAUCAUGAUAUUAAAACAAACAGUUCAGACAAGCUGCUGAGCUGGGAGAGAAGUUGGACUUUUUUUAUAAGUGCACUACAGCAUUAAAGUUGCCUAUGUAAAAUAUUCCCUUCUGCUUUAUUUCCAUUGCUCUGAGUCUUGGCGAACAAUCUAAAACACACCAUGUAUACAUUUGGAUAUUCCUCCUGUUGUGUGGAUGUGUGAAUGUACAGUAUGUGUGUAUAAUUAUAAUAUAAAAGUAUUAUAUGUAAACAAUUCAUUUAUAGCAUCAGAGCUGUACCAGUACCUCUUUGGGGUUAAUUUUGGUGCUAAAAUUGGAAAGGCCAAGGUGAAAGCCCUCAAAAAUACUAAAUACUCAGUAAAUGCAAGUUUCACAGUUCACUGUUGUUUUUAAGAUUAUGAAGGUUUGGGUUUAUGGGUAUGAACAUUAUUCCUGUGUUUUUAAAGAAUAAUUUUCAUGACAUAAUUUAAUUUUUUCCCCAAAUCAUUCAUUUUUUCUUGCACCUAUUUAUUAUUAUUUAAGUCUGAAAUCAAUUUAAAUUACUUAAUUGUGAUAAUUAAAAUUGUGGGGAAAUGCUACAAAUUUUCCUUUUUUUUCCUUUGCUAAGCAGGUUGAGCAUUUUAUCCUCAUCUUGUUUUUUUUCUAGUACAGAUUAUAAUUUUAAAAAUUUACUUGAAAAGUUUGCUCUCAACUCCCAUUCAUUUCAGUGGAGCUGGUACAGAGAAAACUUCUUGAUGAAAUUGAUAGAAAUUUUGCAUCUACCUUAUAAUAAUUUAUUCUGAAGCAAAAACAUGUAUUCAGACAUUUCUAGUGUGACAGAAAUUCCUGUGGCAAAAUAACUGGGCCAGAUCAGCAAAAAAUAAUCAAGAGCGAGAGAAUUCUUGAAUUCCAAUAAUUAAACUUUCUUGUAGGUGUUGUCCAAUGACUGAUACUAUUGAUCAUAAACAAAACACUAUCAGCAUAGUUUGCAAAAGUGUAAAAGUGAGAAGGUACAACAUGCCCAGUCAGGACUUAUGUUUUAGAUUGGUCGUCUCCAACUGGAUGCUGUCCAGAUUUUAACACUGGUUAUGCAGGCUGGGAAUUAUGGGAAUGGUAAAAAAUUUCAGGGAGAUUCAAGGAUUGAUCUCUAAAUCUAAUAGUGACUCAGUUUUGUCAGGUGCAUUCAGUGGCCUAAACUUCCUUAAAGCCUUGCUGCUGGUCCAGUCUUCCUUUGUCAUCAAGUGCAUCCUAUACAGAAAAUUCUGCCCUUAGAGACAAAAAGCUGUUGAAAAGGGGGGGAGGGAAGAUUGCCUGACAGCGACAAGAUAGCUCACAAUUUCCAUUUGGAAAUAGUUCUGUAAAUCUGUACAGGUUUAUAUGCUUUCUUGCACAGCUUCAUAUCUAAAAAUAUUUUAGUCACAUUGCUUUGGAGUUUAGACAGGGAUUGUAAAAGGCUUAAAUCUUGGCUGUUAUGCUGAGUGCAUAAAUCCGAUCCCUGUACCUUUAUCUAAACUUCUGUUUUCUAAGCUUUUGACAGAGCUUCAGACAUUCAGUGUAAUUAUGAUGAUUAAAACUCUUUAAGAAGGUUUGCUGAUCCUCCAUUGCAGGUGAUACUAAGCAAUAUUUAGGGUGUAUACAACUACAUGAAUUGGCUGUAAUCAUCUGCCUUUUUUCAAACUGUUAUCUCCUCUACUGGUCCCUACUAAACUGGGUGUGAUUUGUAUAAAUCAAAUCAUAAGAUGAUAUAAUCUUUUCUGCUGACUGUAUCAAUGCCUUAUUAAAAUUUGACAGGAGCUUAAUUAUCGUAUAUUAGAUAUAUGGUCUGGCAAAGAACUUCAUUUAGAAUGCAGUGAGUUGAAUUAUAGUAUUUUAUUUCAUUUGGAUGCACCCAUUUAAAGUUCAAUCCAGAAUGGUAAUACAGAAUACUGAAUGUUUCAGACGUUUUUCAUCUAUGUGUAAUUCUCCAUGAAACCUUGUAAAGAUGUUAUAUUAAUCCUGCAUUGCUGUAGUAUAGCAUAAAAUGACUGACUUCUAUUUUAAAAAAAGAACAGUAUUCUGUAUAGAGAUAUAAUUACAACAAUUGUUCAACAGUGGCUGUAACGAGUACUGAUUCUCCAUUUUGUCGAAGCAAUAAACCACAUUUCAGGGCAAUUUAAAAUUUCAGGUGAGUAUCCAUCUGUCCUGUUACCUUUCCUGUUUAAAUCUUUUUAAGCUAACUGAAUUUUUUAAUGCAUAAAAAUUACCCAUUUUUAUAUUGUUCUGAAGAGUCAGGCCAAAAGUAAAGAAUAAAAAGGAUGUUUCAAGAUAAUAAAUAUAUACACUUAGAAUUUGCAGACUUGCUGAAUGAGAUUUGACCAUGUUCAUAAUUUCUGUGCUGAAGGUACUCUGCAAUACAAACCUUCCAGUGAUGCUAUAGGUUUUCUAAUAAAUUUGUCACCUGCCAUAA